UCCAUGGCUUGAAAAUUAGAUGACUACAGAAAAUAAGGUCAAUCAGGGAUGAAUUGGCCAUCUGAUCAGUGAUUUUAUGGUGGUCGUGCAUGAAAUGUUUUCUUCACCUAAUGGAUGGUUCAGAUCAGUCUAUCAUUUUAUCCAAUUGAACUGAUACAACUAGGAGCACUAUAACAUAUAUAAUGGACCAUUUCUCUGCUAAAAACAACAGACUCUCCUCAGUCCUCCCACACCAUUUUAACAAGUUCUUGCUGUGGGGUCCACCAUCUUUAAUUUCUUCCUCCUUAAAUCUCUAUCCUUCCAACCUCAUUUUCUCCAAAACCCUAAUUCCAGUGAUGGAUUUCAGUGCCAUCUUCUCUACUGUCUUCCUUCUUCUCUUCUCAUUUGCCAACUCCAUCUCUACAGUCAACAAUCACUUCCCAGCUUCCAUACAUAGCAAUGAAUGGAAAUCACAAUCCCUUUCCAUUGCAAAUAAGCUCUACCAAACAAAGUACUUCACCCAAACACUAGACCACUUCAAUUACAAUCCCCAGAGCUACCAAACAUUCCAACAAAGAUAUCUCAUAAACCAUAACAGCUGGCGUGGCCCGGCGGAGAAUUCUCCCAUCUUCGUCUACACCGGCAACGAAGGCGACAUCGAGUGGUUCGCCCAGAACACCGGGUUCAUGUUCGAGACUGCACCCCACUUCGGAGCGCUCCUUGUCUUCAUUGAGCAUAGGUUUUAUGGGAAAUCAAUACCAUUUGGAGGGAAAGAGGAGGCCUAUAGCAAUGCAAGUACACUUGGGUAUUUAAGUUCAACACAAGCUUUGGCUGACUAUGCCACUUUGAUUAUUGAUUUGAAGAAGAAUUUAAGUGCACAAGGAUCUCCAGUGGUUGUCUUUGGAGGUUCCUAUGGAGGAAUGUUGGCAGCAUGGUUUAGAUUGAAAUACCCACAUGUGGCCAUUGGAGCCCUGGCCUCUUCUGCUCCCAUCCUCAAUUUUGAAGGCAUCACAUCCCCGUACACCUUCAACGACAUUAUCACGCGUGACUUUCAGAGCGAGAGUGAGAAUUGUUAUAAGGUGAUCAAAGGGUCAUGGAAGCUGAUCGAGGAUACUGCCGAACAGCCAGGCGGGCUCGAGAAGCUCCAAAAGUCCUUUAAAAUAUGCAAGAACUAUAUUAGUACAAGUUCUCUGGAAGGUUGGCUCGACACAGCGUAUGUUUACACAGCCAUGACGGAUUAUCCAACUCCAUCCAACUUUUUGAACCCUUUACCAGCUUAUCCAGUCAAACAGAUGUGCAGGGCCAUCGACGAAGCAACGGCUGCAGAUGACACAUUUAGAGGAUUGUACGGUGCAGCGAACAUCUACUAUAACUAUACGGGGAAUGCCACGUGUUUCGAUCUCAACGACCACUCCGAUCCGCACGGGCUUGGUGGAUGGUCAUGGCAGGCUUGUACGGAGAUGAUUAUGCCGUCGAAUGGGAACAACAAGGAGAGCAUAUUUCCACCGUGGACCUACAAUUACAGCGAUCGAGCAAAAUCCUGUGAAGACUACUAUGGCAUACCACCAAGGCCCAACUGGAUCACCACAGAAUUCGGGGGCCACAAUAUCUCGAGUGUCUUGAAGCGUUUUGGCAGCAACAUUAUCUUCUUCAACGGCUUAAGGGACCCUUGGAGCGGUGGAGGGGUAUUGAAAAGCAUAUCAAAGAGCGUCGUGGCCAUAGUUGCAAGAGAAGGGGCCCACCAUGUGGACCUGAGAUUCUCGACCGAAGAAGAUCCUGAGUGGCUUCAACGUGUGAGGAGGAAAGAGAUCAAGAUCAUAACAACGUGGCUGAAGCAAUAUUAUAAUGACAUGGCCAAUCUCUAGAUUCUACCUUUUGUUACGUGCAUCUCCCCACACAUGCCAACCUGGCAAGCGUCUGACACUUGAGACACUCAUCAGGUGGGACAAACCAUGUGAAUAACAUGGAAAAAAUAAAAAUAAAAAUCAGGACGUCAACUUGUUAGGUGUGCCGCACAUGUGCCAAAAUUCAUGAAUGGUCCACAUUCAAGGUGACCGUACUACCCACCUGAUUAAUGGGCCAUCCUGAUUGUUUGGCCAUGUCAUCUACAAUAGUUACCUUUCUUGGUGGAUGGCCUGCAUGAACACAUACGCAGAAGGUUGGCAUGUUGGUAGAUUGCAAAUUUCCCAUCUAAUUGGUGGAUCAUUUCUAUCAUAAAUGGAACGAAUAAAGUUACAAAUUAUUCUGUCAAAAUAAUAGAUGGCAACAUCAAUGACA